AUGACGCCCACCCAAUGCGCCGCUUUUUGCGACGUAAGGGGCUUGACUGUUUUUGGAGUCGAGAACGGCAAUGAGUGCUGGUGCGACAGUACUUCGCCUGACUCGACCCUCGAGGCGGCCGAGGGAGACUGCACCGCGCUCUGCACAGGCGACGACACGCUGCUGUGCGGUGGAUUCUGGCGGUUGACGGUGUACAAGAAGCGGGAGCUCGAGGUUCAGCAGGUCGAGGGCUGGGAGUACUCGAACUGCUAUGUCGACGCCGACGCUCGGCUCUUGCCUGUUGGAAAGGGGGCUAGCGCGCAAAUGACCCCCCUGAUGUGCGCCCAGCAGUGCUGCGGGUACCGGCUUUUUGGUGUUGAGAAUGGCGAGGAAUGUUGGUGCGGUGACAGCCUCGACACGAGCAAGCAAACACGCGCUGGGGAAUGCUCUACGCCAUGCACAGGCGACGGCGAUGUUCAGUGCGGUGGAAAUUGGCGCAUCAACGUGUAUGCGGAC